AACCCUGAAACCCUAGUUUCGUUCAUUGUAUAUUUGUUCUCGCUGAGUAGUUUCUUCUCCUCCAAAAAUGGCGAUGUAUGUUCUCUACGAAUCUUCUUCCGGCUAUGGUCUCUUCGAGGUUCACGGACUAGAUGAGAUCGGACAGAACACUGAGGCGGUUCGGACCUCCGUCUCCGACCUCAGUCGCUUUGGCCGUGUUGUUCAGCUCACAGCGUUUCAUCCCUUCGAGUCUGCUCUCGAUGCUCUCAACCAAGUCAACGCCGUCUCUGAAGGUGUUAUGACUGAUGAGCUUAGAAGUUUUCUGGAGUUGAAUCUUCCUAAAGUCAAGGAGGGAAAGAAACCCAAGUUCAGCUUAGGAUUGGCUGAGCCUAAACUCGGUUCACAUAUAUUUGAAGCCACUAAAAUCCCAUGCCAGAGCAAUGAGUUUGUUCUUGAGCUUCUCAGAGGUGUACGCCAGCAUUUUGAUAGGUUCAUCAAGGACUUAAAGCCUGGUGAUCUUGAAAAAUCUCAGCUUGGAUUAGCUCACAGCUACAGCAGAGCCAAGGUGAAGUUCAAUGUCAACCGAGUGGAUAACAUGGUUAUUCAAGCUAUUUUCCUGCUUGACACGCUUGACAAGGAUAUCAAUUCCUUUGCCAUGAGAGUCAGGGAAUGGUAUUCGUGGCACUUCCCUGAACUAGUGAAGAUAGUCAAUGACAACUAUCUUUACGCCCGCGUUUCAAAGAUGAUUGAUGACAAGUCAAAGUUGACUGAAGACCACAUCCCAAUGCUUACUGAAGUCUUAGGUGAUGAAGAUAAAGCAAAGGAGGUUAUCGAAGCUGGAAAAGCAUCCAUGGGCCAGGAUCUAUCACCGCUUGACUUGAUCAACGUUCAGACCUUUGCCCAGAGAGUUAUGGACCUUGCUGACUACAGGAAGAAGCUGUAUGAUUAUCUUGUCACUAAGAUGAGCGACAUUGCCCCUAAUUUGGCAGCUUUGAUUGGAGAGAUGGUCGGUGCCCGUUUGAUUUCACAUGCUGGAAGUCUGACUAACCUUGCUAAAUGCCCAUCUUCUACCCUCCAGAUCCUUGGAGCCGAGAAGGCGCUUUUCAGGGCGCUUAAAACUCGUGGAAACACUCCCAAGUAUGGGUUGAUUUUCCAUUCUUCCUUCAUUGGCCGAGCAUCUGCUAAGAACAAGGGCCGUAUCGCUCGUUAUCUUGCAAACAAGUGCUCUAUAGCAUCCCGGAUUGAUUGUUUUGCUGAUGGUGCAACUACUGCCUUUGGUGAGAAGCUUCGCGAACAAGUUGAGGAAAGGCUAGAAUUUUAUGACAAAGGUGUUGCCCCACGCAAGAACGUGGAUGUAAUGAAGGAGGUGAUAGAGAAUCUGCAAAAGCAAGAUGAGGAAGGGAAGGAGCCAGUGGAUGCCUCAGCGAAGAAAAGCAAGAAGAAGAAGGCAAAGGGUGAAGAAGAAGAAGAAGAGGUGGUGGCAAUGGAGGAGGACAAGUCAGAGAAAAAGAAGAAGAAAGAGAAGAGGAAGAUGGAGACAGCGGAGGAGAAUGAGAAAUCAGAGAAGAAGAAGACAAAGAAGAGUAAAGCUGGAGGAGAAGAGGAGACUGAUGAUGGUCAUAGCACCAAGAAGAAGAAGAAGAAGUCUAAGAGCUCUGAAUAGAGAGGGAUGCAACAUAACAAACCCUGUAUUGUAUUUUUUUUGAGCUAAAUUAAUGUCGUCUGUUUUUCGUAGUGAACUUUGGAUCAUUUUUGUUUUGCCCUGGAAACGAUGCAAGAUUUGGCAAUAUCUUAAGUUUGUUUAGGUUUUCACCAUUUUGUUUCAGUUUUGUUACAGGUUACAAGUCCCACAAUCACAUGCUAAAAAUACUAGCACUUUGAAAGAUGAAAUUAUUCAAUGUGCCUCCCUUAUUAUAUUAAAUAAAAUCUUGGAUUUGUA